ACGACAUCACUUAUCCACAACACAUUCAUUCACAUAAGGGAGAGCUACUUCCAGAGUUGACUUAGAGUGAUCCGCCGCGUUUGCCAGAGGAACAUCACUGCUUCUUUAUCUGAUAUUUGCAUCUGAGGGGAGAUUUCAGGACAGGAAAAAAAAAGCAGGUUUUGUGCUAACAAGAGUACACGAUGAUCUUUUUCAUUCCUGUUUUUGGUGUGAUUCUCACUUUGUAUCAGAUUGGGAGGAAUCCUGCCGGUGCUGGGAUGUGCUGGCUGCAGCAGAGUCAAGACCAAAGGUGCGACAUGGUGCUGAUGAGAGGGGUGACCAGAGAGGAGUGCUGUGCCGGGGGCCGCCUGGACACAGCGUGGUCCAACACCAGCCUGCCCAUGAAUGAGGUCAGCCUGCUGGGCUUCCUGGGGAUCGUCUCCUGUAAACCAUGCAAAGAGACUUGCGAGGGAGUCAAAUGCAGUCCAGGGAAGGUUUGCAAAAUGAAGACGGGAAGGCCUCAGUGUGUGUGCUCUCCAGACUGCUCUCACAUUACCCGGAAGCACGCUGUGUGCGGCAGCGACGGGAAGUCAUAUAAGGAUGAGUGUACUCUGCUGAUGGCUCGCUGCAUGGGGCACCCGGACCUGGAGGUCAUGUACCAAGGAGACUGCAAAAAGUCGUGCUCCAGCGUGGUGUGUCCAGGUACCCACACCUGUGUGACUGACCAGACCAACAGCGCUCACUGCGUCAUGUGCCGCACAACUCCUUGCCCGAUCCCAAUGCCAUCUGAGCAACAAAUCUGUGGCAAUGACAACAUCACUUAUCCAAGCGCCUGCCACCUCCGCCGGGCCACCUGCUUCCUCGGACGCUCCAUAGGAGUCCGCCACUACGGCCACUGCAACAAUCCUCCCCGGAAACCUCAAGAUUUGGAAGGCAGCGAGGAAAACGCGGUCUAGGUGGACACCUCCAGACACAGUCCUUUAUCAAGAGACGAAUUAGCUGACAAAUAUCUCCAAGUGUCACGCCACUAGCUUCCCGUGAUGACUUUUUUUAAAUUUGACAAUCACUCCCCCUCCUCUUUGUAUACAGAAUGACGAUAUAUUUCAAAGACCUCUGUUGGAAGACAUACAACAGUGUAACUGCCUCAAAAAGAGCUACAAAACCCUGUGAGCAAUUUGUCUUAGUUUGGAAAAUGGAGGCAGAUGAACACACGUGUCUCGAGAUAGAAAUAUCUCAUUGGCUCUUUGGGAGAUGUGUGCAUACUGUAAAUAGAAUACCACUACUAUUUAUUGGAGAAGGUAUCAAACUCUAUUUAUGUUUUUAUCCUAGUAACAAAUCCAUAUAUCCUUGGGAAAGCUGAUGCAUAAAAUGUAUUUAUUGUGUUUUGUUUAUUGUGUGUGUACAAUAUUGGCUGCUGGCAUUGGCAUUUUACGACUUUUUACAGUUUUUACAUUCUCCAUAUUCCCCGCAAACAAGCAGUCCCCCC